AUGUCAGCUUUGAGAUUUCGAUUAUAUCUCAAACAAAACGCAGUUGGAAGAUUUUGGAAUACAUGGACGCGUAAUUAUUUAAUUAAUAGUGUAGUUAGGAAGUUUAGACGGGACCGUAGUGUGAGAGAUGUGAUUCAGUGUUUUAAACAAGUUAUAUUCCGGCCCCGGCGGACUUUUCUAUUGGCCGCGACAGUGGUCUGCAAGGGUCGAGGAAAAACGUUUCCUUGUGAGAAAGGAAUCUCAGACAAUGAAUUGCAGUCACUACUCGAUGAAUUGGAAGAUCUUCAGAAACUGGCCAAGCUGACAAUAUAUUGUACUAGUUGCGGAAAGCGUUUGGUGAUUGACAGAAAACAGAGUGGAGUUUCAUACUGUGUAUGUAAAGACUCAAAGCCGAGCCAAAGUUCUUCAGAAGGAUGGGUGCCGUUUAUGGAGGCUGUUGACGUCAUUAUUUGGAGGAAGGAGUACAAAGCUGGCUCAGGCCAGUAUGCAUAUAAAGUCUAUGGUCGCUAUCCAGAGAUAUCGGCGAGCGAUUUCGCCGCUGUGCAAAUAGAUGGCGCUUAUAGAAAGGCCUGGGAUAGCGCCGUGGCCGCUUUAUCUGUGGUGCAGCGAGGUACGCACGGCAUAGCAGACCAGACAGUUAUGCACUGGGAGGUGCUAUGGCCUAGACUAUUCGCCAACCGUGACUACGUCUACAUAAGACGACACAAGGAGUUUAAUUUGAAGUCAAACGAGAAAAAUGAAGACCCCUUCGAGUUCAAAAGUGUGCACGCUAAAGCGAGGCGGAAAUCGCGCGAGGCCCACAAGGAGGAAAGGGACAGAGAAUCGAACAAAGUGUACAUAAUAUUGUCGAAGGCGUGUGAUCACCCGGACGUGCCGGAGACGAAACACGCCAUCAGAGUCACUGAGUACUGGAGUCAUAUGGUCGUGAAGACUAUCGAUGGGCCGGAGAAGCCCGGUAUGGAGUUCGUGCUUACGUAUUACGAUGAACCGGCCGUGGGGGGUAUGCCUGGGGGUGUAGCUGCAUGGGCGACCAGCAGAGCUGCCCCAGAUUAUCUGCUGAAGAUGAGGCGGGCGGCUAAUGACUACCGCAGUUGGCUGCAACGUAGGAAAGAGGAUUUACCAGACUUCACUCCAUUUGGUCCAGAUCAAGUGAGCUACGAAGAGAAUUCCGAUGAAAUUAACGAACAAGAUAUGGAAUCGUCCAAAUUAGGACCCGAUAUGGAAAAUGAAAUAGAGAAGAAAGACAAAGAGACACAAACGGAUAUAACACCAGAUGACGUCAAAAUAGUUAGCGAAAAGGCAAUAAGCACGGCCGAUAAAAGCGAAGGUGUCCACGAAGAGACAAAUACAGAAGAAAAGGUUCAAGGGAAGAAACAAGAUGAAAAGAAAGAGGACGGACAGAUAGAAGAGAAGGACGGGGUUACUGAAGUGAAGGACAACAAGAAGGAAGAAGUGCAGGAAAGAGAAUUACCACGCGAGGGAGACAGCAGCAAGGAUGAGGGGGACAACAACACCAACGGAGGCUGGUGGAGAUAUUUAUACCCAUUUUAUUAUUUCGUCUGA